UAUAAUGGCUUGUAGCUCAUAACACAGCUUACCACGGUGGCAGAGGAAACUAUUACAUCCGAUUUAUGCAGUUUUCCAAGAAGACAAGGGUGGAGUUUCAGAGUUCUUGUAGGUAACUAUAUAAGUAGCUGAUCUUUCUCCUUUCACAAUAUCUGGACGUCCCAUGGCUUCAAGCUCAGCCAUCUCUUGGGCGGUGAGUUUCACAGACAACGCUCCAAUGUUCUGAUUAAGGUUUUUUUAUCUUGGAGGUUCCUGGAAUGGGACAGACAUCAUCUCCUUGGUGGUGAACCCAUGCGAGUGCUAGCUGUGCAGAAGUGCACUUCUUCUUUUCCGCCAUUGCAUUUACUUAGAUGAGUACUUAGAUCUAUUAUUUUCGGUUGGACAAUUAUAACUUGCAUCAUAUCUCAAUCUUACUUUCUUUCAAGUAAUAAUUCCCAAAAACAACUUGAGAUUUUCUCAACUUGCAUCAUAUCUCAAUCUUACUGGUUUGGUUUCAUCAUAGUAGUGAUCUUGUGGUGGGGUUUGAGGGUUGUGGAGACUGCAUUUGAGAGCUUAGUAUCUCAAUUUGAAAUGAAGAUAGAAUCAAUAGCCAGUUUCAAGCACAUACUAAAGAGAACAGAACAUUAUUAGAGACUCUUGCAGAAAAAAUAAAGUAAUUAAGAAGCUUAAAGAAGAGUUAAACCGAUCAAAAGAAAAAUUAGAACAUUUUGUGCACAAGUCUCUAAAAAAUAAACUAUUCUAAAGUUUAUAAAAAUAGCUAUUAAUGAUAAAAUUCCUAAAAUAGCAUUUAAUUUAAAAAUAUUACUCUAACUCUUAAACUUUAGUUUUACUUGGAUCCCUUACAUACUAAACAUUAAUCACUAAACUCAAACUCAAUCAUUUAAAAAUUAAUGUUAUUUAAAAAUAUGUAAUACUGCUAAAGAUAUUUUUCAUAUUUUAAUUAUAACAAACCAACCUUGUGCAGUUAACUCAAGCUGUAUCUCACUUUAAUAUGAUAUUUUUUUCCUUGUUGGUUAGAUAUUUUAUUUAUUUAUUUCAAAUUUGGAUGGUUUUGAGAAUAAUUUAUACGGUUUGGUUUCAGAUUGGAUUCCGGUUUUAUCAAACCGAGAUACCCUAGUAGUAUAAAUAAUUUUUUUGUCGUUUCCCGUUUGAGAAAAAAAAAAAAAACAUAAAACAGUACGUAAUAAAGGUGCGAAAUGUAUUUGAAAACUAAAAAGAGAAAGAGAUCUGUGUUGUGUCUUUUUUCAAAAUUUGAAACUCCGCCCUUCCUUUCCUCACGCGCCACCUUCUCCCUCCUCUUUACAAAUAGUCUCUCAUCUCUCUCUCUCUCUCUCCCUCUCCAAAAACAGAUCCAGAUUUCUCCCGUUGCGUGUUGAAAGAUUCUCAAUUCUUUCUUCCACACAACACUAAAUGCGACGCAGCAGAUUCAGAUUCUCAUACCCCAACAUGGACUCUCUCCCCGACGCCAUCCUUCAAUACAUUCUCUCCAACCUCACCGAAGCCAAGGACGUGGCUUCCUGCAACUGCGUCUCCAAGCGAUGGAAAGAGUCCACAGACUCCGUCAAGAGCAUCAAGUUCCCAAGAAACUCGUUCGAAAACAUCUCCGACGUUACUGCUUCCGACGCCAUUGUUCUCAAGAUGAUCUCUUCUUUCCACCGUCUCGAGGAGCUUGUCCUCUACAGCCCCUUCACCAGCAAAGGCCUAGCGUCUUGGCUGACCCACGUGUGCCAGUCUCUCAGGCUGUUGGAGCUGAGAAUGGAUAAUCUCGCUAGCGAGGAGGCUAUCGUAGAGGGACCCUUGAAGCUUGAUUGUAUUGGCGUGGUUAAGGGUUUGGAGACUUUGAAGCUUUGGGGUGUUUUGAUGAUGAGUCCUCCUAAGUGGGAUUUGUUCCCUAACCUUCGUUGUCUUGAGAUUGUGGGAGCUAGAAUGGAUGAUAAUGCGUUGGGUAGUGCCUUGCGUGCUUGCCCGAAUCUGAGUAGCUUGCUUCUACUAGCGUGUGAAGGAGUUAAAUCUAUAUCGAUCAGCCUGCCGUAUUUGGAGCAUUGUAAGCUGGAUUUUUACGGACAAGGGAACUCGUUGCUUUCCCUCACAGCUCCGAGGAUAGUGUCUCUUGAUGUACAGGGAUGUAGCUGGAUCAGUGUCCCUGAAACCAGUUUCUUAAAGAACCUAUCUAUCGCCAAUGUUUCUGGGAGAGUUUACAUGGUACAAUUCCGAAACCUUUCAUCCCUUGAGGCCUUGUCAGUUCGAGGCGUGCAAUGGUGUUGGGAUGCACUAACCACGAUUCUGGAGCAAGCGAGAGACGUGAAGCAUCUCUUUAUGAAGGUUGAAUUCACAGGCAACGAGGCUCUUCAACCCUUCCCUGAGAUUGAUUUUGUUGAGUUCUUCAAGAACCAUCCCAAGCUUCAGAAGUUCGAUAUCCACGGAGCAAUGUUCGCUGCACUUUGCCAGAAAAACAGCCUAAAGAAGCUUGAGACAGGCUUUGCAAUACAGUGUUUGGAGGAAGUUGUAAUCACAGUGAGAUCUCCAUUGAACGCAGAACAGAAGAUGAACACACUUGAAUCACUUGUGCGAUAUGCAAAAGGUUUGAAACGAAUGGUGAUAAGGGUUCUUAGGAUGAAGAGCAACCACAGCAGUGCAGAUGAUUUCUGCGAUGAUAUCUGCAAGUUCCACCACAUGAAUAAACAUCUUGUUCACAUUGAAUGAAAUAUUCUUCUGGCUGAUAAUUAAUUCAUUUUCGGCCAUUGAUUUCUGUUUUUCUCAUUCUGUUAGCUGAGCAUUUCUAGUUUUGAACUCUUGAGUAACUUUUUGUUUCUCUGAUUCAUUGUUGUGACUUGUGAACUUGUGACUCUGAUUCCGACAAAGGUUCGGUACUUUUACUUGUUGUUUGUCUUUAAAUACAAAUCCUUAUGGACUCGUUUCUUUUAGUUUUAUUUUAAGUUGUUUU